CUAAUUUCCCCAUAUCAAUCCUCGUACACUACUCUCUGGCUGAUGUUGCCUUUCUCUCCACUCGGCCCGCUUCAUCCGAGAUCCUUUGGUCUAAGCAGGAAUUUUUCUCUUCUCCGCUGGCGGGGGGAUGACAGCCAGGAGGGACAUGCAACAGUAUCAGGUGCGGUACUCCGGACCCAUCACGUCCUUGUUUCCGCGGCCAAAGCUGGCUGGAUCACAGUUGGCAAUCAAUUGCUGGAUUACAGCCGUGCUGGACUCUGGAGCAGAUUCCUUGACUGGUAGAGCCAAUCUGCUCGCCGUCGAAUCAUUGUUUGCUGACCGGGAGUUCACAGAUGCUUUGUGGGCAUUUCCAGGGGCGCGAGGUUCUUGGACGUCGUUACUUGACGACAGGAAGGACCCAAUUUACCUGACCAGGGCCGCCCAAAGAGGAAACGCGGCAGGGUUGCCUGCGUCAAGGCUGCAUAAACACUUCGAAAACGCCGAUAGAAGCGCGCUGAUGUCUGGAAAUGUUUGCUUGCACUGAAUUCAUUGCGGCCAGGGUGACGGCAGAAGUAUAGUCUUACCAAUGUGAAGCUGGGAUAUAUACAUAUCAGUAAAGCAGGGAUGUCGUUGACUA